CUGUUUCACAUACUAUAGAGUUGGCUACCCUGAGCCUGACGAAAUUGUUGCGGCUUUUGAAGAUCGCAAUUUCAUAUUCAACAAAGAAAUAAACAUUAAAAUGGAGCAAAUGGACGUUGACUUGGAUACUAACUUAAACUUUGAACCAUCAUGCAGUCAUAAUCCAAAAUGUUCGAACAUCAGCAUUAUGGCUGGACCAGGCACAACGCCGUCAGUAACGGCCUCCCUACAUCCUUUGGUAAUAUUGAAUAUUUCCGAACAUUGGACGCGCAUACGUGCACAAGCGGGUGAAACUUGUCAGGUGUUUGGCGCUUUGAUAGGCAAGCAAAAAGGUCGUAAUAUUGAAGUGAUGAACUCAUUCGAACUAAGAGUGGACAGGGUGGGAAAAGAUGUUAUCAUCAAUCGGGUGUAUUAUCAAACGAAGGAACAGCAAUUCAAGCAGGUAUUUAGCGAUUUAGAUUUCAUAGGAUGGUACACUACUGAUGAGGCUCCCACACUCCUUGAUAUUCACAUCCAAAAACAAAUGGCUCAAAUUAACGAAUGCCCUAUUUUAUUGCAAUUGAACCCAUCGUCACGAAGCGUUGAUCAACUACCACUCAAGUUGUACGAGUCCACCAUCGAAUUGGUAGGUGGAGAAGCUACAAUGUUGUUUGUUCCACUGACAUACACAUUGGCAACCGAAGAAGCUGAACGAAUCGGUGUUGAUCACGUAGCGCGCAUGUCCACUAACGAGACUGGAGAAAAAUCUGUAGUUGCUGAACAUUUGGUGGCGCAGGAUAGCGCUAUAAAAAUGUUAAAUAAACGUAUCCAAAUAGUUUUGAAAUAUAUUAAAGACGUUGAGGAUGGUAAAUUGGCGGCAAACCAAGAGAUUUUACGUGACGCAUAUGCAUUAAGCCAUCGACUACCUGUAAUGAAAGGUCCCGCUUUUCAGGAGGAGCUGUACACUCAAUGCAACGAUGUUGCCCUCAUAAGUUAUUUGGGCGCAAUGACCAAAGGCUGCAACGAUAUGAACCACUUUGUCAACAAAUUCAAUGUACUAUAUGAUCGCCAAGGAUCCGGGCGGCGUGCUCGUGGUUUAUAUUUUUAAAUAAGUCUCAGAACAGAAAUAAAUGAUCUACGUGGGAAAAUGUAUUUAAAGAAUUUUAUAGGAAAAAUAAUUAUAUUCCCCUUUGAUGAAUUACAAUACACAGAGAAGUUAGCAAACUUUCUCCAAAUGUUGAACUGUGCUUAUAACGAGUUUAGGCUUACAUCAAUUAAUUAAACAAAUGCACAACAUUGUUCACCAUAUAGUACGACAUACAUAAUUAUAAAAACAACUAAGUGGAUUACCAUUUAACAGCA